AUGCCUCCAGUGUCCAGUGAGGCCCUGCAGAGGGCCCCCAAGGCCGCCGCGCUCGCCCCGGGCGGCCGCCUCGCAGAGGUGUGCACGGUGCUGCUGCGCCUGGGGUCUGGACCCCUCACCGUGGGCACUGAGGUCCUGACCUCCAGCCAGUCUCAGUUCUGGGAGUGGGCACUUGGAGAGCAGGAGGCAGCAAAGAUGGACCCUCACCAGUCCUCUCCACGCCAAGUGUGGGGAGAGGCUGACACUGGGGAUGAGCUGGAGCUGAUUCGGCCCAGCAUCUACCGCAACGUGGCGCGCCAGCUGAACAUCUCCCUGCACUCUGAGAGCGUGGUGACCGACGCCUUCCUGGCUGUGGCCGCCCAGAUCUUUGCUGCAGUAACCACGGACCUGCUUCCUGGACAUCGUGUAGACGGGCUCAUACGGGUGGCCUUGGUGUCACUGCCCUUGCUGAGUGGACGUCGGAGGUGUGUCCAGGCUGCACUUGGUGGUCUGGGAAGGCCCUUCCUCCCAUGGAACACCCUGCUGCCCCACAGAGAGGGUGCCCAGGGGGACAGACAGGUGGGCAGGCAUCACGUGGGGCAAGGUGGUGUCCCUGUACUUGGUGGCUGCGGGGCUGGCUGUGGACUGUGUGCGGCAGGCCCAGCCCGCCGUGGUUCAUGCUCUCGUCGACUGCCUCGGGGAGUUUGUGCGCAAGACCCUGGCAACCUGGCUGCGGAGGCGCGGUGGAUGGCUCUAAAGACCCGCUGCCUGGCCCCUGCACUGCAGAAGGCGGCCUGGGGAGGGACUUCAGGCCUGAGAGGGAAAGGCCCAGCACUGCCCUGCCCUGCCCUCCCCACGGGGCUCCAGUGCCUAACCGACGUCCUCAAGUGUGUGGUCAGCAGCAACCCUGGCUUCCAGUCCCAUUGGUUUGUGACUGCACUCUGCAGCUUCGGCCGCUUCCUGAAGGCUGCCUUCUUUGUGCUGUUGCCAGAAAGAUGAACCUGGCCCUGGAACCAGGAGGCUCUGGGCCGAGGCACUGCCCUCCUCCCGCAGAGCCCCUCCUCCCGCGAGCCCCUUCUCUGUACACCCAGACCCUCGGGAAGUGGGAACGCAGGCUCCCCUGGGCCUGGAGCUGGCCUU